AUGGCCACCAAGAUCUACAUCGUGUACUACUCGACGUGGGGCCACGUAGCGGCGCUGGCGGAGGAGAUCAAGAAGGGCGCGGACGAGGUGUCCGGCGUGGAGGCCACGGUGUGGCGCGUGUCCGAGACGCUUCCGGAGGAAGUGCUGGGGAAGAUGGGCGCGGCGCCGGCGCGCCAAGACCACCCGGUGCUCGCUCCACGCGACCUCGCGGACGCCGACGGCGUGCUCCUGGGCUUUCCGACGCGGUUCGGCAUGAUGGCGGCGCAGAUGAAGGCGUUCCUGGACGCCACGGGCGGGCUGUGGCAGAGCCAGGCGCUGGCGGGGAAGCCCGCGGGCGUGUUCCUCUCCACGGGCACGCAGGGCGGCGGGCAGGAGACCACCGCGCUCACCGCCGUCACGCAGCUCACGCACCACGGCAUGCUCUUCGUGCCUCUGGGGUAUACCUUUGGCGCCGGCAUGUUCGGCGUCGACGAGGUCAGGGGUGGCAGCCCCUACGGCGCGGGCACCUUCGCCGGCGCCGAUGGCAGCAGGACGCCCUCCGAGGCAGAGCUCGCCAUAGCCAGACACCAGGGCACCUACUUUGCCGGCAUCGCCAAGAAGCUCAAGGCCGGAGCCACGGCCCUCGCCGCCGAAGCCUCAGCGUCAGCUUGA